GAGAGCGGCUCUGGAGAGUCAGUGUUGAGCAACAAUUGAUUUUUUUUUUGCAGACUUUCAAAUUUGACACGUGAAGUUCGGCCCGGAAAAAUCAGCAUGAAAAACGUUUUGGAUGUAAUGUCGUUGCAGCAGCACGUGGAGUCGAACAAGGCGCAGACCAUGAAGCCCAUCGACUAUCGCAAAGUGAACAAACCAGGCGUGGUGCCGAUGUACAUCUUCGAAUGCGCUGCCAAGUUGAAAAUGAAACCACUGACGGCGGCCUGUGCGGCAAUAGUGUUCCAUCGUUUCUUCCGGGAGGUCAAGGCCAGUGACUACGACGAGUUCCUCAUUGCCGCGUCCUCGCUGUACUUGGCUGGCAAAAUCAAGGAAGACGAAACAGUCAAGAUUCGCGAUGUCAUCAACGUGGCAUAUUGCACCCUGAACCGGGGUAAUGCUCCAUUGGACCUGAACGAUGAGUACUGGUCGAUGAGGGAUGCCAUUGUCCAGGCCGAGCUGCUCAUCACGCGCACCCUGGGAUUCGAUCUCAACAUAGAUCUGGCCCACAAGUACUUACUGCACUACAUGAAGACCCUGCAAGACUGGGUAGGCCCCGAGGUGUGGAACUCGGUGCCCAUUGCCAAGGCAGCCGCCUCCUAUCUGCAAGACUUUCACCACAGCGCCAAUAUCCUCAAGUACAAGCCCACCCAUGUUGCCAUUGGAUGCCUGUCGCUGGCGCUCCAGACAUACGGCAUCCAGGUGCCACUCACCGACGAGUCCGACGAAUCCGCCAUGUGGUACAAGCCCUUGGUCAAGGACUUCACCAGAGAGAAUCAGUGGGAAAUCAUCGAGAACGUGAUCGAAGUGUACAAGCAUGAGGCCUUCCUGAAGGCCGCCUAAUCCCUCCGAGACUGACAAAACCAUUCCUUCUUCCAUCUGAACUUAUUUAUUUCCCCUAGCACCUCAUAAACCAAUCUCAGAUUUUACUAGACGUAUGCUCAAAUGUCCAUUGCAUUUACAUGCACUCGCCAAAACAAAUAAAUUUACCGGGAAUGAAAUGUUUAUGUCCUCGGAGGGCGAGAGUACUUUUACCUAUCACCGGAGAAGAUAGUUCUAUUCCUAAAGCUUACUUAUUUAUACAAUGGUUCAAUAAAAAAUUGUUCUGUGAAAAA